CGGAAAGCGAUGUGUAAUCCCUGGAUGACGAUUGAUCCCGCGCGGCUGCCGUAACUCAAACACGAUCCACAAUGGCGUCGCAGGACAGUGAUGGGGAGGAGGAUUUUGUCACCUAUGGGAAGGUUUUGGAGCAAUAUGAGGAAGGUAAAUGUGUUUAUAUACAGUGAGUGCUGCUUCCUGCUGCCAUCCUGAGACCAGAGGGUCCAUAGCCUGCCUGGGGCAGAGAUAGCAGUGCUUACUGAUAGCUGGGCAUGGAGGGCAUGUCAGUCUCUGUAAUACCCUGUAAUUAUUCUAUAACAUGGGGUAUCAGGGUAUCUGGGUAUGGAGGGCAUGUCAGUCUCUGUAAUACCCUGUAAUUAUUCUAUAACAUGGGGUAUCAGGGUAUCUGGGCAUGGAGGGCAUGUCAGUCUCUGUAAUACCCUGUAAUUAUUCUAUAACAUGGGGUAUCAGGGUAUCUGGGUAUGGAGGGCAUGUCAGUCUCUGUAACACCCUGUAAUUAUUCUAUAACAUGGGCCAUCAGGGUAUCUGGGCAUGGAGGGCAUGUCAGUCUCUGUAAUACCCUGUAAUUAUUCUAUAACAUGGGCUAUCAGGGUAUCUGGGCAUGGAGGGCAUGUCAGUCUCUGUAAUACCCUGUAAUUAUUCUAUAACAUGGGUUAUCAGGGUAUCUGGGCAUGGAGGGCAUGUCAGUGUCUGUAAUACCCUGUAAUUAUUCUAUAACAUGGGUUAUCAGGGUAUCUGGGCAUGGAGGGCAUGUCAGUCUCUGUAAUACCCUGUAAUUAUUCUAUAACAUGGGCUAUCAGGGUAUCUGGGCAUGGAGGGCAUGUCAGUCUCUGUAACACCCUGUAAUUAUUCUAUAACAUGGGGUAUCAGGGUAUCUGGGCAUGGAGGGCAUGUCAGCCUCUGUAAUACCCUGUAAUUAUUCUAUAACAUGGGCCAUCAGGGUAUCUGGGCAUGGAGGGCAUGUCAGUCUCUGUAAUACCCUGUAAUUAUUCUAUAACAUGGGCUAUCAGGGUAUCUGGGCAUGGAGGGCAUGUCAGUCUCUGUAACACCCUGUAAUUAUUCUAUAACAUGGGGUAUCAGGGUAUCUGGGCAUGGAGGGCAUGUCAGCCUCUGUAAUACCCUGUAAUUAUUCUAUAACAUGGGCUAUCAGGGUAUCUGGGCAUGGAGGGCAUGUCAGUCUCUGUAAUACCCUGUAAUUAUUCUAUAACAUGGGCUAUCAGGGUAUCUGGGCAUGGAGGGCAUGUCAGUCUCUGUAACACCCUGUAAUUAUUCUAUAACAUGGGGUAUCAGGGUAUCUGGGUAUGGAGGGCAUGUCAGUCUCUGUAAUACCCUGUAAUUAUUCUAUAACAUGGGCUAUCAGGGUAUCUGGGCAUGGAGGGCAUGUCAGUCUCUGUAACACCCUGUAAUUAUUCUAUAACAUGGGGUAUCAGGGUAUCUGGUCAUGGAGGGCAUGUCAGCCUCUGUAAUACCCUGUAAUUAUUCUAUAACAUGGGCUAUCAGGGUAUCUGGGCAUGGAGGGCAUGUCAGUCUCUGUAAUACCCUGUAAUUAUUCUAUAACAUGGGCUAUCAGGGUAUCUGGGCAUGGAGGGCAUGUCAGUCUCUGUAACACCCUGUAAUUAUUCUAUAACAUGGGCUAUCAGGGUAUCUGGGCAUGGAGGGCAUGUCAGUCUCUGUAAUACCCUGUAAUUAUUCUAUAACAUGGGCUAUCAGGGUAUCUGGGCAUGGAGGGCAUGUCAGUCUCUGCAAUACCCUGUAAUUAUUCUAUAACAUGGGUUAUCAGGGUAUCUGGGCAUGGAGGGCAUGUCAGUCUCUGUAAUACCCUGUAAUUAUUCUAUAACAUGGGGUAUCAGGGUAUCUGGGCAUGGAGGGCAUGUCAGUGUCUGUAAUACCCUGUAAUUAUUCUAUAACAUGGGGUAUCAGGGUAUCUGGGCAUGGAGGGCAUGUCAGUGUCUGUAACACCCUGUAAUUAUUCUAUAACAUGGGCUAUCAGUGUAUCUAGGCAUGGAGGGCAUGUCAGUCUCUGCAAUACCCUGUAAUUAUUCUAUAACAUGGGUUAUCUGGGUAUCUGGGUAUGGAGGGCAUGUCAGUCUCUGUAAUACCCUGUAAUUAUUCUAUAACAUGGGCUAUCAGGGUAUCUGGGCAUGGAGGGCAUGUCAGUGUCUGUAAUACCCUGUAAUUAUUCUAUAACAUGGGUUAUCUGGGUAUCUGGGUAUGGAGGGCAUGUCAGUCUCUGUAAUACCCUGUAAUUAUUCUAUAACAUGGGUUAUCAGGGUAUCUGGGUAUGGAGGGCAUGUCAGUCUCUGUAAUACCCUGUAAUUAUUCUAUAACAUGGGUUAUCAGGGUAUCUGGGUAUGGAGGGCAUAUCAGUGUCUGUAAUACCCUGUAAUUAUUCUAUAACAUGGGUUAUCAGGGUAUCUGGGCAUGGAGGGCAUGUCAGUGUCUGUAAUACCCUGUAAUUAUUCUAUAACAUGGGUUAUCAGGGUAUCUGGGCAUGGAGGGCAUGUCAGACUCUGUAAUACCCUGUAAUUAUUCUAUAACAUGGGCUAUCAGGGUAUCUGGGCAUGGAGGGCAUGUCAGUCUCUGUAAUACCCUGUAAUUAUUCUAUAACAUGGGCUAUCAGGGUAUCUGGGCAUGGAGGGCAUGUCAGUCUCUGUAAUACCCUGUAAUUAUUCUAUAACAUGGGUUAUCAGGGUAUCUGGGUAUGGAGGGCAUGUCAGUCUCUGUAACACCCUGUAAUUAUUCUGUAACAUGGGUUAUCAGGGUAUCUGGGUAUGGAGGGCAUGUCAGUCUCUGUAACACCCUGUAAUUAUUCUGUAACAUGGGUUAUCAGGGUAUCUGGGUAUGGAGGGCAUGUCAGUCUCUGUAAUACCCUGUAAUUAUUCUAUAACAUGGGUUAUCAGGGUAUCUGGGUAUGGAGGGCAUGUCAGUCUCUGUAAUACCCUGUAAUUAUUCUAUAACAUGGGUUAUCAGGGUAUCUGGGUAUGGAGGGCAUGUCAGUCUCUGUAAUACCAUGUAAUUAUUCUAUAACAUGGGUUAUCAGGGUAUCUGGGUAUGGAGGGCAUGUCAGUGUCAGCAUGUUAGAAGCAUUGCUGAGUUAUCUGUUCAUGGGCUAUGUAAAAUGUCACGGUUUGUAACACCCUGGGGGGGGGGAUAUGUUGGGUUAGUUUAGCAAUCUCUCUAUCAUGUCCCUUAACUACUCUUACAAUUCUUAUUCCUUUUAAAAAUGCCGACGGCAUUAUGCACAUUGUAAAAGCUACUGCCAUUGAAUCUAAAGAGUUUAGUCUGUUCUUUUUCAUCGAUAUUCUAAGUAGCACAAUCUGUUUCUCUUUUGUUUCAGGAGAAAAAGCUAAGAAGCCAAUUCCUCUUCAGGAUCAGACCGUCAAAGAUGAAAAAGGACGAUUCAAACGUUUUCAUGGGGCAUUUAUGGGAGGAUUCUCUGCUGGGUACUACAACACAGUUGGUUCUAAAGAAGGUAUUUUUUUUAUUUUUUUUCCUAAUCAAUAAAAUACAUAAUAAUCCGUGUGUGUGUGUACGUAUAUACAAAUAGUUUUUUUACUUUAAUAUUUUUGUUUUGUUUUUUCUGGGUAAAAGAAAGUGAUUUAGUAAUUAUUUCUUUUUCUCUUUACUUUUUUGACGUAUAUGUACUUGUUUAACUUUAUUUCUAUGUUUUAACUUUUAUUUCUAAGGCUGGGCACCGUCUACGUUUGUUUCAUCACGCUCUACAAGAUCUGAAAGACAAGUUAGCAGGCCAGAGGACUUUAUGGAUGAUGAGGUAAUUUGUCAUAUCAUCUAUUGCACAGCGAGCUUUUACGAUUUUAAGUUCUCUUCAGAUUGUAAACACAUGCUGUCUGAGCAUCAAUAAAUAUGUAGCUUAACAUGGAAAUAGAUUCCUCUCCUGUUUUUUGUUUUUCUUGUUGUUUUUUUUAUAUAUAUAUUUUUAUAAUUCUUUGUCUUAUGCAUAAGAAUACAGAUAACACAUUGCAGUGCCACAACAGCAGUAGUAUGCAUAUUUAGAACAGUAGUGGAGAUGGCAUGCGAGUAUACAGCACAGUUUUAUAUUCAAGGAAUCAGGCUAGAUAUGCAUUAGUGUAAUGCUAUUGCUUGGUAUUGCAUGAACUUUGUUAAACUAAUCAGGCUAGCUCAAUUUAACAGGAGUAGACAAGAUUAAGAAAAAGGGGAAAAAAGACAAAGAAAGAACUUAAAAUCGAUUAACUAAAAAGCAUAUGCACAUUGUGAGGCAGGAAUCCACCGCAUGUGGUGAGGUCGCCACACGAUAGCAGCCAGGCUUCGCUUGCCCCUUGAUCUAAUUCCUAUUUUGUGAGAAAGCUGUUGGGCUCUCAGCAGAAGGUUGGUGGAAGGUGGAUUCAUCUGUUGUGGAAGUGCCGGUUGCAGGUCUGCUUGUGGGUGCCAAAGAAUCAUCCCGUGGUGAGAUAUGCCGUUUUCAGUGGCUGCUAGUGGUAAAGUCCCAAAGCCGUUGGUCUUGCUCCCCAGUGCUGCAUUUUCUGUUCCGGGCUUUUCAUGCUUCUGAGGAGGACCAAGCCCAGGGUCUCUCUGUAUCUGCUGUGUGCAACUUGAGUCUUGCGGAGCCGGCUGGAUGCUGAGGAGCUCAGAGUUCAGAUCGGUCUGGAGCAGAGAGGUAGGCUGGUUUAGAGGUCAGUUGCCUGUAGAUACUGCUGCCUCGCCUCUAAGCCCAGAAUCGUGUGAAGAGUAAAUCUAGCCGAGCCAGAGACAUUGCGAUAUAGGCCUCAGCUUAAUAGCUAGUUGCGAAUGCCGCCCUCUUGGGAAUGAUGUGGCGCCACUGUAUGCUGUAGGGGUUUUGUUGUAGCAGAGGGUCGUUUCCUGGGACCCGGAUGAAGCUGGACCAGGAUGUUCCUGUUUCGGUAACAAACAACCCCACAGUAAUCCCUCUGUGUGGUGUGAGCUUUUUAGUUGUGAGAUUGGCUGGCUGGCUGGCUGGCUGGCUGGCUGGCUGGAAAUAUUCCCUUAAUCAGUGCAUGUAGCUCAGGCAGCACCUGAUUUUUGUUGCUUGAUGCAUUUUUAUAACUUUGUAAUUUUGAUACACUACACCCAUUUUUUUAUAUUACUUAUUGAGUUCCGCUUGAAAUGGUUAUAUAUAUUAUUAUUUACUAUAUUUAGAAAAAUUGUGUAUAGCAUUAUUCUAUGUUGUUGCUGUUUGUACAUGACAUUAUGACUAAGGUGUACCAUUAUUAUAUAUUCUUUGUGUUCGUUGCAUAAAAGUUUUUAUUGCAAUCAUUUGUUCUCCAGGAUCUUGGUGAAUUUGGAAUUGCUCCUAAUGAAAUUUUGACUACAGAUGAUUUUGCAUCAAAGACCAAGGACAGAAUUAGGGAAAAGGCCAGAGAGCUUGCAUCUGUAACUGCACCUAUACCCGGAGCGACCAUGCUGGAGGAUUUAAUUGCACCAGCUAAGUAAGAAAAAGAAAACGAUUUGUAGGAAACAUGCAUAUUAUACAUUUUGAUUAACGCUUUCAUUAAAACCAACACUGCACAUGGAUAAAGGUAUUCUAUAGACAGUUAAAGGAUCCCAGUUCAUCAUUAAUUCCUCACACAUCGCGUUUUAUUUUAUAUGUGCAUACUUGUGAUAUUUUACAUGUGCAACUUAAGCUUCGCAGGGCUGUUUGCACCGAAUUAAUUUUUCUGCUUUUGUAUCUAUUAAUAUAUUUACCGUAUUUACUCGAAUCUCAUGUAAAGAAAGUUUCCAAAAUUUGAAUGCGCAUUAGGUUUGAUGGCGCAUUGCAUUCGGGGCAAAAUUCGAAAUUUUCCGGUUAAUUCACACAGGCGAAUUUUGUUCUUCAAAGAGGGCUUAAGAAAGAAUAGAUUUAACAUGUAACACUAAAAUUGAAAUACCGUCAAUGUUACUAUGAUUUUCAUUGUAGAACAAUGUUGUAUAGAUUUGAGUACAUAAACCGGUAUUUAAAUUCUUCAGUUGAACACAGGAGAAUAGUGAAUUUUACAUUUUUGAUUUGACAUUUAGUGAGUGUACAACUUCCUAUAUACUAUGUUUAGAAUGUAGAUGUUUUCAAGCUUAAUUUUUUAAUUAUUAUUUUUUUAUAGUUUUUUUUUUUUUUUGUAGUAGUAGACCCCCCAGAUUUCUCAGAAUCGAUCUCAGUCUUAGAAUUGCCAUUAGUGAAUCUUAAAAAGGAAAUUCAAGAUAAAUAUAUAAAGUAUCUUCAGAUUUUGUCAUUCUGUGCUUGGCUUAUUCCCCUCACUUUCCUUCUAAGACUUUCCCUUCCAUAAUGCUGAGAGUAGUUGCUCGUCCAUUAGCCGUGUUCUAUGUGGUCGGCUAUAGUUAUGUAUUUUAGAGCCACUGUAUAGCAGACAAUUCUAUGUUUGUAGGGCAUGUCAGUCUCUGUAAUACCUAACUCGCGUGUUUGAUACUAGGAUCAGUAUUGGUGUCCAGUUACUGCGGCAAAUGGGCUGGAAAGAAGGGCAAGGAGUUGGUCCCAGGACAAAGAGAAAACCCAGGAAUCAGAAGCCUGGUAUGUUGAAUUGGACAUGAGAAACAAGAAAUGGAUCCUUUCUAUAUUCACACAGCUUUGGCUAAGAAAUUGCCAAAAAAGAACAAAGCUAUAAAAUGGCUUAACCAGCGCAAUGAAAAAUAUCUAUAAAUGUAUAAUGUUGUUAAAAAACAACAACAUUUUAAUACAUUUUAGAAAUAAUGCAAUGAAAAAUAAUUAAAAAUUAAUAAAUUUACCUGCUUUUAAAGUUUCACUUAAAGGUAGAUGCCACCUGCAUCGAAAGAAGUGGGUCUGUUCAUUGAACAUAAAUGUAAAAAAAUUUCUUUUAGUAACCCACUGGGGAUGCUGCCGUUUUUCAUGCUGUUUUCCUAUAACAGGAGUCGCUGCAUUAUUAUUACUUUGUUAGACAGUAACCCAAAGAAUCACUUUUAGUAUUUUGAAUUAUCAGGAUUAAGGAAUAACUCGGUCGGUUGUUUUCUUUUGUUUUUCCUAAAGGUGACUUAAAGGUCUACGGUUGUGCAUUACCACCUACAGGCUCUGAAGGUUCAGAGGUACGUUUCUAUAUUGAAAAUACUUUUAAUGUAAUAUUUCCAUUCUGAGAGUGGGUCCUGAUUUUUCCAGUGCUUUUUGUGCAGGACGACGACGACGAUGAUGAAUUCCUACCUGAAAAUAUCACAUUUGCCCCGAAAGAUGUGACGCCGAUAGAUUUCACCAUCAAGGACAACGUCCACGGGCUUGGCUAUCGAGGGCUUGACCCACGCCAGGCAUUGUUUGGAACUAUGCAUGGGUCAUUAAAUCUGUUCGGUGAUGGAUCUGACAAAAUAAACAGUCUGCUUGGAGAUGUACGGCACAGCAAAGGAAGGAAAGUUGGAAUAUCUGGCCAGGUGAGUAUGUAUUUGAUAAAUAAAAUAAAUAAUGUCCUGAGCAGGGCAAAAACACACAGGAAAGCAGACGUAUUGAAAAACGCUUAGCCAACUUACAGUCUAGAUCAGGCUUCCUCAAACUCCAACCCUCCAGAUGUUGCUGAACAAAAACUCCCAGGAUUUUAUGAAUGAAAUGGGCUGAGAAUCAUGGGAGUUGUAGUUCAGCAACAUCUGGAAGGCUGGAGCUAGAGGUAGCCUGGUCUAGAUCAAUAAUGGUUAGUCUUGACAUCCAGGAUAUUUGUGUUCUCCAUUUCUCUCUAUACAAAGCUGGGGUAAGAAGCAUCUGAAGUGCCAGGGUUUACUAUCUCUGGAAAACACUGCCAGUACAGCAAGUAAUGAAUGCGAUGCAACACCGUGAUUCAUCAAAUCAAUGUUUUUUUUUUGUUUUUUUUUAAUACACACUUUCAGCAGAGGCUAAGUGCGGAGGGUGGAGGCAGGAUGACUGGAAAAACACUUUUCAAUUUUAGAACUUCAGUUGCCUAUGUGUGUAAAUACCACCUUUUGCAGUCAUGCUUAUUUCUGAGUCCAUCAAAUUCAAGAAUGUUCAUAUAGUUUACUGCCAUACAUAUCUCCAGUAAAAUAGCCUUUUUUUUUCCUCUCUCUCUCUCUCUCUCUCUCUCUCUCUCUCUUUUUAUUUUGAAUUUAAGCAUUUUAUGUAAUGUAAUGAAACUAUGCUUUGAUAUCACAACUGCAUUUUGAAAAGAUGCAUAGAGGGAAUUUUGUGUCCUUUUGAAUCAGUGACCUUGUGUGACUGAGCACGUUUUUGCUUGAUUUUUGUUUUUUUACAAACCAAUAAACUUUCCAUUUUCUGCUUUAUAUUUGUACACCAGGCAUUUGGCGUAGGGGCAUUGGAAGAUGAAGAUGAUGAUAUCUAUGGCACAGAGACUAUGUCCAAAUAUGAUACGGUGAUAGAAGAAGAGCGUGGCGAUGGUUUGUUUGGGUGGACCGCACCAAAACAAUACAAAAAUAGAAAGGGUGAGUGCACGGAUAUUACAUCCUGUCUAGCUGUAUGGGAUUUGGAUUCCAGUUACCUCUGGGGCUGCAGGCUGACACAGUUGCUGUACAAAAGGUCAUACACUAUACAGGACCAGACCACACACUGAAUGUUCUGUGAUUGUUGAAAAUUCAAAGAGAAUUUCAAAUUUUAGACCCAAGUGCUGAUUUAAGGGGUGGAAAAUAUCCCCUAACCUGUGAAUUUUAAUGUUAAUGAUAAUUGUCCCACAAUGCUGAUUUGUAUUGUUCUCUUCUUAAAUGGACACUCCAAGCACCAUAACCACCAUAGCUUUGUUGUAUUGCUUAUGACGCUCAGAGUCUUGGAGUGCAAUCUCUCGCCCUCUCUGCUGUAUACCUAAUGAGGAAUUAUGGGUCAGUUUGGAGCACUGAAAGUUUUAUUUGCGAACUGGUCUGUCUGACUACUCUAUCUCCGUGCUCUUUGUCUUUGUUUGCAGUAAUUUGCUUACACUAGUCAAAUAUUUAGAAAAGACAUUGAGGUGGAGUUCCUGAAUUUGGUUUUGCAAGCAAAAGGAGCUAAGCUUUAAAAAUCUGCAGGGAUGGUUCCCAUAGGCUGUUACAGUGCAUAUAGUGUUCUGUUUAAUGUGUUGAUGCUUCUCUGUGAAGUCUCCUUAUUAUUUAGCAAAUGCCUCCAAGGCUGAUUGUAUUCCCUGCUUUCACAUUCACAGCAUAAUUGCUGCUGGGUAAAUAUUGAUGCCUCUCACUGCAGAACUCUCUCGCGGUUCCAACUCCACCCUGUGUCAUCACACCACUCUCACAUUUGAUUCAAAUAGGCAAUAUGCAAGAAAUGUCUUUCACCAGGAACUUUCAAGCAGUUAUUGUUUUCCAGUAACAGCUGACAUUGUUAAGGGCUUUUAUUUUAAAACACAGUUGCAUUCCGAACAAGCCGACUGUUUGCCUUUAAAUAUUUCUUUCUUUAUAAAAUUCUGUUGUAUGGGUUGCGAUUCAUUUCAAAAGCUAUUGAUGCUAUUGAAAAUAUUUGUUAUAUUUUUGAAAAAAUUUUGAUUCGCCUACCUAUUUUUCUUUUUAACAUGAAAUAUUUGACGACUUAUCUUCUGAAAAAUCUGAUUAAUAAUGCACUUUUCAGAUGCUUUACGCUGGUUUUAAAAUGACUAGUUGGCUAUGUGAGAUAAGAAUGCGUCGGCUAGGAUGUGGCAUUAUUUUUGGGUUCAUUUGGUAAUAGUUUCUUGAGUUAGGUAUCCAGUGGGAUCACUUAUUGGGUGUUGAAUCUGCCCACCGUGGUUUCAUAGUCUAGUUAAGUUCUAUUCAUUUCACAGAUUAGGUCUCCCACUCCAGCUAUCAGCAAACAAUUUCUCAUAAUUUUUUCUCCACUGUGUGCCAAGUCCCUGUAUCAACAGAGGUGUGCCAUUGUUGUGUAUUUAUUUGCGUAGCCGUGGGUAGCAGCACUGCCACAGAGAAUGUUUGUAAUGUAUCUGUGUUUGCUUAUACUUUACCAUUUUAUUGUUAUACUUCAAAUACUUUCAACAGUUUAACUCCAGGGCUGCUGGAGGCCAUUACACCCUUUCUAAAAUGUAUGUCCCUAUACUAACUUGGCACACAUUUUUCUUUUAUUUAAUGGGCACAGGGGUGAGCCUGGCAGUACAUCAAGGUGUUGUAUUAUUAUACAUUCCCUGUUGCCUGAUUGGACCUAUCCGGUUUAAUUUUUUUUAAGGAGACAGUAGUGCCAUGCUUUGGACAAAUGAAUCUGUCUUAAGAACAAUGGGGAUCAGUAUUCCCAGCAAUUCAUAAGGGCUUUAUUUAACUCCAGCCAUUGGGAACCUGCAUAUAAGUUAGUCUCUCCCUUGUUGUCUGAGGCUUGGUGGAAAUAUAGCCAGGAGAGGGACACAAACAAACAAACAUGGUGGUAGUGCCUAUUACCGAAUAAUUUCUGAUCUUCUUUAAAAAUGAUUGUAACCUAUAUUUUGGUGAAAGAGACCUGUUUAUGCCUUAUACUCAUUUAGUGACCUCCUGUGCGAGUAAUGGUAUAAAGAACAUUGUUUUGCAAACAUCUAGUCACUGCAGCUAAAUCAUGCAUUCACUCAUUGAAAAAGCCUUGCUCCCCAGAGUGUUCAGGAAGGGGUGUGCAGGGUAAAAGAGAGCAAAAGUUACUAAUCUCUUUGGCAAAAGGUACCAAUCUAGAAAAUGUGACCUUUUUGGUUUCCAUGGACUUUUUUUGUUUACUGCCACUACUUAAGGGCAGCGUUUAAUGUCAGGACCACACACCCCUUACCGUGCCAGUAAUGUCAUUCUAAUUUCUUUCUGACUCAUAUGUUAAAAUGCUUUUUCUCUAUCCCUUUUUAAAUAGUGCUUAUUUGUUGGAUAUUAAUAGCUACAGCCUUUUCCACAUUUAUUUUUAAUGUAUUCCCCUUCGCAUCACGUUUCACUCCCAUCAAAGGAAUUGCUUGUAACCGCACUGUUGUCUAUGGGAUGUCAUCUCUCUGUGUUCUUGUUAUUUGUGAAUGUGGUUUGAUUUUUAUUUCUUAAUAAAGUGUUUUUUUUUUUUUGUUUUUUUUUUAUAAGGGGAAGGGCGGGGGCUACUGUAUAAAAAAAUCAAAGAUUUUAGCUGCAAUCCCCUUAUUCGGGUUUGCGAGUGCUUCCUGGAAGCACAUUAGUAGACUAUGCUCAUAUUCAGGGUUACGACAAUAAAGGACCAGGCACUGAUUAUUAUGGUAGUGCUUUUUGGAAGGAUCAUUAGAGAAGAUAUUCUAUUUUACUUUGUCUCGACAUUGGCCAGUCAGAGGAAGACACUCAGAAAGCAUUGUGUUCCAGUGCGAUUACUGCGAAUGCAAUCAGGGUGUGUGCUUACUAGUGCUCUAUACUGGUAUGAGAACAUACAAGGUGGAAAGGAAAAUAUAGUGUAAUGUCACUAAACGGAGUGAUAUUUAACACCAUGUUCCUCUAUAAACAAAAGGAAAGUCUUAAGUGACCUAGUGUUGAUUUAACCUGAAAAGAUUAACUAUGAAGUUACAUAUUUAAGGAGCUAGUAAAAUCAUUUGGUAUUAAAUGAACUCUCCAAUAAGUAAUCUCCAUUAAAUGAACAAUGCUUUGAUAAUAAGUAAAAUUUACUUACACUUAAAAUUCCUAUUUUUGCUGCACAUUUCCAGCUGUGCAGCUUCUGCAUUGAAUUCUCACCAAAUCAUAUCAUAAUACACUUAACUUUUGUUAGCACUGCUGAGUUUAUCCUGUCCGUAAUUUUUAUUUAUUUUUUCUUCAAUCUUUGUUUAUUGUUUUUGUUGUCAAUAGAUAGGAAGUUAUACAGUUACAGGGUAUCCGAGAAACAAGACAUUUACAAUCCUGUCCGUAAUUCUUAAUCGUCAGAGCAAGUGUUUCUGGGAGUUGUAGUUUAAUUGACAGAUUAUCUACUGAUGAAUAAUAACAGAUGAAUUACAAUCUUCUUCCAUGCGUUUUGGAGAGGCAGAAAGACUGGAUUCAUGUAGUGAAACAGAAUUCUUAUUUAUGAAUCUACUAAAGAAGUAUAACAAAAAAAAUCCACUCAUUACACCUGUCCCUUUAAUCACAUAAACCCACCAAGUAUAACUUAUUGUAACCUAUCCGACACAUUUAAUCAACCUGUGUGGGAGACUCCAUUGUCUAUUCAAUGUUCACUCUGUCAGGAAUCUUUUUAAAUGCCCUGCUAGCUAUGUGUAUUUUGGAUCCUCAUUGAUAUCUAUUUUUCAGGGGCUGGAAGGGAACUUCAGUAUGUCGGUAAAAUAUUGGAGGGAUUUUGUGCUGCAGCUACGCGUGCUCAACAAAAAAAGGUACAUUUGUUUAUUUUAUGUAAUUUUUGUUUAUUUCAGAUAAUGAGAGAGAACCCAUGUUCAUGAUCUACAAGAAUAUUUAAAAUCUGAUCUUUUUUUGAUCACUGUUACAUUUUAGUUUGACAUUUUGUUUUGACAUUUACUAAACUUGGUUUAAUUCUAUUUUUUUAUUUUAUUUUUUAAUUCUUUAUUUAUGUUGUGCACAAAUUAACAUACAAGUUCGGUAUGCCACGAUAGCUAUACCUAACUAUAGUAAUGCAGUCAAGGAACAACAGUAUCAUGGCAAGCAUUUACAUGGCACAUUUUUCAUUUUUAAGUGUUGUCGUUAAGGUGGGGUAUAGUGUGACACAGACUAUGUGUGAUGGUAGGUAUAUGGUUGGCCCUCCAACUCCAGGCACUCUUAUGCAUCUCUGGUGUGUUGUGGCCUAGAUCUAGCUGGGUUACAGUGGUGGUGCGCUGCGUUCUGAAGUGUGUCCCAGCUAGUGUGUGUGCCGGAGCGUGUUAGAGGUUCGUUGCUGGCUGCCUCCGGUACUUGUCAAAGCAGUGUUAUAGGUACUUCGGUCUUAGGAGGUGUGUGUGGGGGGUAGUGUAAGUGGCUCAAGGGGAGCUGUCGAGCUUCAGGUGGGCUGUUUGUGGAAGAGCUCUCUUCUGUGUACAUGUCAGUAGGGUUAGGUUGGAACAUGGGGCCAAAAUGUGUAUAGCAGGGAGCAGAAAAAUUAGCAUUUUAAAUGUUAUAAACUGGUGCCCUAGGCUGAGCCUAAGGACGUGAUAUUAGCGGGCUGUCCAUCUAAUCAAUGUCCUCAGGUGAUGGCCGCUGCAGUUCCUCCCUUGUUCUGCCGUCGGGGGGAGAACGGGAUCACUGCGUCCGGGUUCCAUUGGUGUGGAAUGUGGCCUGCUGCCUCCGCUCCGGUAGAUGACAGGGCGUCAAGAGGUAGGUUGAGGGUAGGUAGUGUGGCCUUUGCCUCUUCGAGAUCUCUGAUCUGGAGCUUGUUUCCCCCGUGCUGGAUCAUUAGGGUGCGGGAUUGCCGCCACCGGUAAGGAAUCUGCUUCUGUCGGAGGAGUGAUGUGAAGGGUCGGAGUGAUCUUCUCCAAGCUAGCGUACUCCCUGAUAGGUCCGGGAAGAAGGUGAGAGACAUGUCUUCAAAUUUAUAUGGCGCGUGGUCCCUGACCGCCGCCAUCACCGCUGCUUUAUCUUUCCCGCUCAUUAGCUGGAUGACCAUGUCCCUCGGUACGUCGUCCGGUGCUCUUGGGGAUUUGGGUACACGAAAGAACCCCUCUAUUCCCACCAGCUUGCCCUGUCUUGGGGUGAGUAUAGUGCUUAGUAGGCGCCUCAGGAGGUGCGGCAAUUCCGCUGUCGGCACUUCGUCCGAGAUGCCCCUAAUUUUUAUAUUAUUUUUCCGCCUCCAGUCUUCCAUUGCGGAGAAGCGGCGUUCAGCUUGUUCGCUGUGGCGCUGGAGCCCCCGAACCGCCUCUUGAAGUGUGGCAAUCUGUUGGGCUUGGGUAUCGGACGCGGCUUCCACCACCGCCAGUCUGCCCGUAAGGCCUUGUAAAUCCGUGCGGAUUAAUGCAACGUCCGUCUGAAUGUUCCUCUGGAGAUCUGCCAGGAGUGCUUUCAGCACCGCCGCCGUCACUGGUGCGUUGUCUCGGUCGGUGUGCUGUUGAGCUACUCUCGGGUUUGCAAGUGGGAUCUCGCUGUCCUCGUCAGGGGACAUGUCGUCUGAGAGGUCAGAGUACGUUGCAGGAUGGUCGGCCAUCUUUGGUCUCGUCCCUCCACUGGCCUGCCGCAGCAUGUCUCCGAUAUCGAAGCCCAUCCGUGGCUUUUCUGGCCUCAUCUUCUUUGAUUUGCGACCCAUGGUGUGUCCACUGUCUCGUGGGGGGUUCCCCUGUCGUGGGUAGCUUAAUUUUAGGGUCUUGUGUGGUAUUUGUUUGGGUUCCGCGGUCAGAGCUCAGACAAUGUGCGGCCAUUCAGCUCGGCUGCUUCAAUUCUAUUUUUUUAAUGAAAGAAAUGGAAUGUGGCGUAGAUUGAUGGAAGGGGAUGGGUUAUGGCAGAGAUGUAUAGGUGAAGGGUAUACUUUGACAGUCUGUGGUAUUAGUGGAGAGGGGGGGGCAUACUGUGUAUUUAUUUUUAUUUUAUUUUCACCAGUACUUUUUUUUUUUUAUUGUGUUCAUAGAUUUAUCUUCCUCCCGAGCUCCCCAGGGAUUACAGCCCUGUUCAUUAUUUCCGGCCCGUACUAACUCCAAACAGUCAUAGCUCUUUGACUCUUCAAGCAAUGCUGGACUCUUCUCAGAAACCUUCUCAGAAACUUGCAGAAGACCAGCCGCAUAGCAGGCACCAACUGAAUUCACGGCAGAGAAGGGAUCUACUGGGAGAAACACCGCUUCAAGGUACCGCAGUUAUAGCUGUUUACUGGUCUAGUGAUUCCACUGGUUGUAUAAUAGGUCACUAAAAAGCUUUAUGAAAUAAAAUCCAAGGUGUUUUUAAAAUAUACUGACCCUCAGUGCUCUUAUUGUUUAGUUCUUGUGCUGGUCAGCUCUGCUUCUUCAUUGUCCAGGUUUGCAAAUCACUGCAGUUAUGAUAAGCACUGUGUGCCGGGGUACAGUGACCAGGACCUCCCUGUGCCCUAAUCUAUACAAGGAACAUAUGCUUUCAUUGUGUUCGGUUGGCUUAUACCUGUAUGCUUUUGUAUAGAACGAGGCACUAUUUUUACAGUGUUAAGAUCACACAGGUUAUUACAUGUGGGAUGCUGGCUUCCCCCAUCCCAUCCCUGCUUUUUCGUCAAUAAUGUUAUAUUGUCAAGGAUGGGACUGGUUUAAGGGAUUUACAGAAAUAAAAAAAAAUGAAACUUAAUAAAAAGGUUUUGCAUUGUAGUAUAAUUUCCUAUACAGCGCUUUUUAAUCAUGUUCAGUUGAUGAAUCUCCACUAUGUUACGAUUAUCAGUACAGUAGUAGUAUUUAUUAUUUUAACGUGUGUCUUGGCUCUUGCACACUUAAGAUACAAAUAAUGUAUGACUGUGUAAACACAUUUUAAGGUUUUUAUAUACAAAAGCAAGUGUGUCUUAAUAAAAAUAAAAUAAAAGCACCAUAAUCACUUGUGAUCCUUGCUUAUGUUGUGGAACAAGGAAGUCCAUUAGCCCUUUAUCUGUUCAUUCUGUUGCUUAUAGCAGUAGCCUUCCCCUCCUUUUCUCUAUUUCUUUGUUAUAAAAUCACUGUAGAUACAAGUCCACCCCCACCCAAUUACAUAAUGCCGUUCUUAUUGCCCUUUCUAGACUCUCACAAAGCUUUCUACAGGAGAGCCUAUUUUUUAUGGUAAAAAAAAAAAACAACAACCCUGACUUAAAGUAUUCAGUAAGCUAAGUAGACAGCGUGUUGUGACUUCUAUUCACUUGUUCAGUGGUUUCAUACAUUUGUUUUCAUGAAUAAAACUACUGCAAAAUUGGAAAUCCUAGGGUUAAGAUUAGAGGAGAAUUCAAGGUCAUUGCAGGAUCCACAGAUAAGCUGGGAAUUUACAGGAAAAUAUGUAGUAAACUUUUCAGCAUCUUUUUUAUUAUUCCUGUAUGGCAUGUUUAAUGCACCUCCAUAAAUCGGUAAAUAAGGGGCUCAGCUUGAGCCUGGACUUUCCUUUUAGUGUAAUGGAAAUUUGAGCAAGCAAUGUCUGUCUAUAGAUGAUAUAGCCAUUUUAUUUUUAUUUUUUUGUUGUUUUUUUAUUUUUUUUGUACAUUUAAUUUUGUUUUCUAAUAUCUCUUUUUUUGUUUUUAAGUUUGUGUUCUAAAUUUUAACACACAUUUUAUUUGUUUUAUUCAGUUAAUUACGAAUUGGUGAUAUUGUAACCGCAGGUGGUUCCCUUAUUUACCACUAUAAUGUCUUAAAGCAUAGAACUUAGUAGGGCUAACCAUACAGAUAUCUUAGCCAUAAUUUUAUAUAGUGUAAGAGAUCCUCUAUUUAACAUAUAUAAAUAAUUGAGAAUACAAUAUAAAAUAAGGAUUGUCUUGGAAGCAAUAGUUUUGUCUUUUUGGAUAUUUAUUAUAUAAAAAUAUAAAAUCCAUUAUAGCAGAGUUUAUAAGAUUAAAUUACAUGCUUGCAAAUAUCAUUAAUAGGUUAACAUACCCUUCUGAACAUGUCAUCAUGUCAGCCUCUCUGUCAUUUUAAGAUGGAGCAGCGUCUGUCUCCAAGUCUCUCCUCUGUGUCUUAACAUUUAAAAGUACACCUAUUUAUACCUUAGGUGUCUCCAUUUUAGGUUACUGUAGUUCAAAUAUGAAAAAGUAACACUUCUUUUACUUUAUUCAAUUUAGGACCUCCCUUAAUUUGGCAAACAUACAAGGCCAUAACUAAAGGGUGUAUACGUCAUGGAAAUUUUCCUGACUUAGUUCAAGAUGGCAUCUUAAAGUCUGAAUAGGUUAUCUGUUGUUUAUACUAAGUCGUAAGUGUACAGUCGCAGGAGAUUCCCGGAUUUGGGGAAGUUCCAUUAACUUGGGGUUACCACAGUAUAUUGUGUACUGCAAGUGUCGUAGGAUAGCCUUGAAGUUUGUUUAUGCAUUAUUGUUAUUGUAAUUCGUCUGGGACAAAAUGGUGCAAACAUAUUUCGCACUGAGGUUAUUGCUUAAAGAAACCGUUAUGAAAAACAAUAGUUCCAUUUCUAACACCUUGUCAGUUUGCAAUAUCUCUUAAAGACAAAGUACACAGUUUAAGAAAUACAACAUUUCAUUCUAAAACUUGUAAUAUUUGCAUUUGCCCAUAACAAUAUCUCAUGCUCUGCGUUUUCAUAUGUUUAAAAGGUCCUACCACAGUGUUGGAUAUGCUCACUGAUAAAGAUCGUGAGCGAAUCAAGGAAGUGAAACAAGCUGUUGAGCAGCAGAGAUUAAAAGCACAGACCCUUGCUCAUGAAGCUUUAAAGAGCAGCUUUCAGCCGCCAUCUUCGGUGGAAACUCACGGAAAACUCCAAGAACAUCUGCUUCGCAGGGAGCUCGUCCCGGGUCAUUCUGAAGAGUUUAAACCAUUUGACAAAAAUCCGGAAAAACAAAAAAGAUAUGAAAACUAUAUUCGGUCACUUCACCAAGGACAAAAAGGUACCAGUUAUUUCAAUAUUUUAUAUUAAAUGGAACCUGUUCACCACUUCACACUCCAAUUCAGUGCUGCCAUGUCCUCCUAUUUCCGGAGAGCAAAUUCUCUCGCUUGUCAAUCAAUUCUUCAACAUAGACUCUAUGCGGACCAAUUGACUGACACAUGGGAGAAAAACUUGUUUGUAAAUAGGUUUUUCUCCCAGGCUAUACAUUUGCUUGCAAAUCUGCUAGCACAGUGUAUAAAUAGUAUUUAAAGGGACUCUCCAGUGCCAGGAAAACAAACCGUUUUCCUGGCACUGCAGGUCCCCUCUCCCUCCCAUCCCAAGUUGCUGAAGGUGUUAAAACCCCUUCAGUGACUUACCUGUAUCCAGCGCCGAUGUCCCUCGGUGCUGGGUCAUGCUCCGCCUUACCCAAUGUUUGAAUAUAGGAUGUGCAAUUACCAUUACCCUUCUGGUGAUUACCUAGGUGCUUUGGAGAGUUCUCUGGAUGCCAACAUGACGGAAUGGGAGCGUGGCCGCGAGCAGGAUGAGUUUAUGCGAUCAGCAAUGCUUUACAAGCCUUCCAGCACCACACUGUCAUCGCGAUUUACACGCGCCAAGCAUGAGGAUGACUUGGAUAAGGUUGAAGUUGCGAGAGAUGAAGAGGUAAUUGAAGGAUUUGCGAGUUAAACCACCAUUUAGCAGUGUGACAUUAACCAGUAGAAUUAAAGGACCACUAUAGUGCCAGGAAAACAAACCCGUUUUCCUGGCACUAUAGGGUCUUUAGGUCCCCCCUCCCGCCAGGCUCUAGGGGACUGAAGGGGGCAAGAGCCGCACGCGUAUUCAAUCAGUCCUUAGGAAAGCAUUUCUCAAUGCUUCCCUAUGGACGUCAGCAUCUUCUCACUGUGAUUUUCACAGUGAGAAGCGCGGAAGCGCCUCUAGCGGCUGUCAAUGAGACAGCCACUAGAGGCUGGAUUAACCCUAAUGUAAGCAUAGCGGUUUCUCUGAAACUGCUAUGUUUACAGCUACAGGGUUAACCCUAGAUGGACCUGGCACCCAGACCACUUCAUUGAGCUGAAGUGGUCUGGGUGCCUAUAGUGGUCCUUUAAAGAUCAAGCACAAGAGGUUUCAUUGACCCUAUAACCUGAAAAUGAUUGCAUCUCAUACCAGCCAGAAGGAAAAAGAUCAACUUACACCCAUUUCAAGUACAAGGAACUCAAAACCAUGUAGAAUAUAUCUUGCCCUCUGUUCUGAUGUAAGGGAAAGACUUGUACUUGCGAGCUAUCCAUAAUCCAUUAGGUAUAGUCAGUUUUGUAGUAACUUUGCCCCUAUGAGUUUGCUAUUCUUAUUACAGUUUAAAUUGCUGGAUAUUGGCUUUUGACUGUGAUUUUCUGCCAGUAAAAGAGCCUGGUAACCUGUAAGAGUUUAAAAUGGCAAGUUCAGUCUCCUUUUUUAACCCGUUAAUGGCCAAUGUUACAUCCUUUAUGGUCCCAAACAGAUCAGGAUGUCAUGGAGGACAAAAGGACCCUGAAAGUUGUAUAGAAGUUACAUUUAAUGAGUUUGCGUUCAUUAACAGAUCAGUAGAGUCCCUGCUUGCUAGUAAUAGCUUCCAUUCGCGUAGCCAGACACGGUGAUCACGUUUAAUUGCAUGUUUUCUUUAUGUCUGUCAAACAGGGUGAUCUGAAUGACAAAGCUUCUGCUGUAAAAAUGAAAAUGUUUGGUAAACUGACGAGAGACAAGUUUGAGUGGCACCCGGACAAAUUGCUGUGUAAGAGAUUUAACAUCCCCGAUCCUUAUCCAGGGUAAGCUUUUGUGUGAAGGCGAGUUUGUUCUGCCUGUUCAGAUGAGUGGAACAUGCCCAGACACGUUUAAUUGUAGAGGAACACUCGACCUCUGUGUCUCUGUCUUGCAGAGUUUCUCAUUACUGUGUUAAACAAUGGGUGCUCACGAUUUCCACCUCACGUCGAUCUCACACUUUGAAACAAUGCCAUGUAACCUCUCUGUUGGUUCCUUUUUGUUUUGUUUUGUUAUUUUUUUAAGGAAUGCAGUCGCUCCCUGUGUUGUCUGACAUUCCAUUCCAUCUUAUGCAUGUAUACUGAAAACCAACACCUUAAAGGGACACUCCACUGGCCCAACAGAAAAUAUGUAUAUAUCGCUGUUUAGUAGAUAUGCCCCAAUGAAAACAUGCAUGCAUUUGAUUGUGUUCUUUCUCAUUGGGAGCAUAUAUAAAACCCCGCCCACACUUUCUGUGACUGCCAAUCACUGACUUCCCAAUGCAGCUCAAUGAGAAGUCUUUGCAAGGCGGGUGCUCUGAGCAAUUGCUGCCUCUUGAGUUUAGCUCCACUGAGCUAACCAAACCAGGAAGUAACUGGACCUGCUGUUUAUAUUGAAAUCUGCACUUUGUAAAAUGCUGGGGGGGGGGGAGGAAGAGGACACGCGCUUCUGCAAGCUUAAGUGUGUUAAGUGUUUGAAGUAUUCCUUUUGGACUAUUCCUUUUAAUCUAAAAAAUGCUGUUAUCACAAGGGUCCCAAAAUCCACACUAUUUUUUUAUCAUUAUGUCCCCAAGUGGGAAGCAGUUAAUUAUCAUCAGUAACAAUAAUAUAUUCUGAACAACAGUCAUCAAGUUUUAUCCUUUAUGAGGCAAAAAUAAGGAUCUUUGUUGAGCUCAUUUGCACAUGCCUACCCAGAAUCCCUUGCAGUAGUGAGAGCACUGUUAAAGUGAGAUUUCUGUGGGAAAAGUAAGUCUUAUGGCUUGAGUGGUGUGUGUAUUUGUAUUUAGCAAUGUAUUCACUAUCCACUUCAGGUGGAAGGGAUUUUCAACCACACUUUUUCCGAGAGAGCGAGAGAAUCACUUAUGGUCUUUGUGCAAAUCUUAUUGCCAAGUUUUAUAGUGUUCUUUAUAUUUAAUUUAGUAAGAAUUUAUUUUGUGAGCUUGGAGCUGGCCCCUGAUGAUACAGGGAUCAUGGGAGAUGUAAGUUUAUUUGCAUUAGUGUCCUGGCUGUGCCACUUCAAAAGGCUGGUAUGUCAGAAUGUAACCGUUUAAUAUUAAUACUAUGAGUGAUGACACAAAGGUUAUUUUAUCUACUGGCUUCACGUAGACUCACAAAUUAAGUACCGCUUCCUAGAUACUUGUUAUUGUUGCAGAAUACAAUAUCUAGGAUGCAAUGAUAUUUACCUACCCCAGUUAUGUCCAGUAAGUCUCAAGCACUUGUGGCCUUUCUGUUGAAGCAUUUGGGGAGAAGGAGCUGGAUAGUUAAUUGUCCAAACUGCUCCCUUGGCAGUAAUGCAGUGUAUGCUUUGACAAUGCUGGCCGAGAUUUCCUGUCCUGCUCCUUUGUGUCAUUUUACAUGGGGCGUUCCGAUAUAAUGGUGUAUUUUCUACCUCGUCCCUACUUAAAUAAACUGGUGACUUGGAUCUCUCUACCCACGUGUUCUUGGCUGCAGAGAACUGCAAGAAAUUGAUCUGGUUCCUUUUGGCUUAAUAACCUAAACCACAGCUUUAGUUAUACCACCAAUAGCUUUUAAUGUUUCUCAGUACACCCUUGAGAGUAUUCUAUCACACGAGCUGCUCCAUUCCAAGUAGAUUAAAUGCAGAUUAUAUCGAUAUCUUAUUCAAAAUACAACAUUAUUCCUAGGGCUUCCCCUACCAACAGCGCAAGUCAGAACAAAUUGUAAUUUCAGACUGGGAAAUAUUCAGCGUUAUUCCACACUGAGAUUGCACAGUUUACAAAUGCGGUCCGUAACGUUUAAUAAUACUGGCUGCUGAUUACUGUUCAGUGGAUCAUGGUGAGUGUGGUGCGCUUGUGAUCCCAUUAUUCUUUGGGAUAUGUGAACUUUAUUACGCAAUUGUAUGGCAUUGGUUUACAAUUGUGCAGAGAUCUUUCAUUAAAAGUUUACAUCUACACAUUUCUUCAGCUUUACAAUUUCUUUCUAAACAAUGUGUAGAUUUAAAUGGUCUGCCGAUCAGUUGAAUCCAAAUAAUAAUUUGAAGGUAAUGCACUUGAAAUCAAAUCGUAACUUAUUUUUCUCUCCCUAAGGUCAACUAUCAUUGGGCUACCAAAAGUAAAACGGGACAAGUUUUCUGUGUUUAACUUCCUGACUGUUCCUGAAACUUCAAAUCCACAUGUGGAUACCACAAGAAACAAGCCUUCAGAGGCAGCAGGUGAAAUCAGUAUGUAUCUGCAUCACAUACUAAAUCUUUCUAAGCUUAGUCAUUUCUGUCAAUGGGUACCCCAGGCAACCCUAUCUAUUCAUUGCAAAACUUCAUUUAACCCAGUUACUAAAUUAUUUUACCCUCUUAACUGUUUGUUUCUUCUGUAAUAAUUAUCCAUCAUUUUAGGACCUAAGAAGUCUUCUAGAUGGGACCAGUCUACUUCAGAGAAGAAAGAUUCAAUCAGUGAGUUUAUAAGUCAGACACGAAGUGAAAUAGUUAUUAAGAAGACAGAAUUGAACCCAGCAGAGGAAAGUGAGACAAAAUCUGAAAAUUCUGCACCACCAGCUAAGGUGAAGAUAAUGACCUGCUUAAUUUUAGCCAGUGUCCGUCUUUCUAACUAUCAUCACUAACUGUUCACCUGGAGAAGAUUGUUGUACUAACACAGGCAGCUUGUGCAGAGCAAAAAUGGGAUCAUAGACUGCUCGAUUGGGAAACUGGUGGGAGAACUCAAAGGGCAAAGUUGGUUAGAAGCAAAAUCAUUAUCUACCUGAGCUCUGGACGUCUCUCUGAUUUAGACUGCGCUUAUCUUUCAACUUUAAUACAGUCAUUAUUUUAUUUAGGCUGCCACCGAUCACACAGAUCCGCUACAAGAACAAGACGAAGUUGAAGAAAGACCAUCAAUAGAUAUAUUCAAAGCUAUAUUUGCCGAUUCAUCUGAUGAAAAAUCUUCCUCGUCAGAGGACGAGAGUGAAGAUGAAUCUCCUGUUGUUCCGAAAGAUGCUUCUAUUACUGAACCUAUGGUGCCAUCAUCCACUGCUCAAGGUGGGUGACAGCUUGUGAUGCUUACAGCAGCCACUCCUUCAGUAAUCAAAAGGACCAAGUGCUUAGUAAUCCCAUAAUUAAAACAUACAGUGUGAUGGAGAUCAAAGCAUGUUGUCCUUUUAAAGUAUUUUUAUGUGUACAUUCCUGUGUCAUAUUUUCACCAUACCUGUAGUUACAGUAAGUCUCUCAGCUUUCACAACACUCACAUGUUUGAGAUCAGGAAGACUGAACCUCUUUUGAAAGCAACGUAUGUAAUACAGCAGUCAUUGAUUUUAUAUGAGUAAACAUUGUUUUAAAAGGGCUUGUUAACAGACCAUUAAACAGUUAUAUUUACUUGUACAAACAGGAUAAAAAAAUUCCCAGCUAACUUCACUUCUUGUAGGCACAUUAAACCACAUUAAAAAGGUUAUUUAUUCACUAAAGUGUGAAUUGUAGGGGAUUCAGAGUAAAUUUAAGCGGAAUUUCAAAUCUGUAACCUUACUUGACGUUGUAACUAUUCCAGGAGGUCACAUCCUAGUGGUAAUUACAGCUACAUUUUAUUACUUGGUUAGAUUAAAAUCUUCGUUUCAGAAUAUUGCUUAAAUCUGGUUCAUGGAACACUCUAUUAAUUACUGCAUCCAGAUAAUUUCUUCAAAACUAAAAUUCUAAUGUGAAAUAAUGGAGAAGCAGAUUUUUUUAUUUUUUUUCCUGAAAACCUUUCCCUAAGCAGGGGAAUGCAUGUUAAAUCAUCCCAUUGUAUCUUUUAACCAUUUCAGAGCUGCUUUAGUGAUGUUCACGGUGCCUUCUCAUUACUAAAACUAGUUACAGUAUUGGGGAGAGUGACACGGAUGCACAUUUAUAUUUACUAGAUUCAUUUCUUUUUAAAAUUUGUGGAUUUUCACUAGAGAAACCACUUGUUCAAUUAGGAGUUGCACACUUCCACCCCCCCCCCCCAGAUGUUUUGAACUAAAACGCCCAUGAAUGAAACAGGGAAUCAUGUGAGCUGUAGUUCAAAACAUCUGGGGGGCCACAGGUUGUGCAGGCCUGCUCCAGUAGCAUAAAAUUUAAAUACAUGAUUUCAGACAAAACUCGGGUCAUAUGUCAAUGCAGGCUGUCCGUUUAUAUUUGACUGAAUGGAUCUAAACCUUAUUUGGAUCUAAGGCCUUAUUUAAAGCAGGGAAGUGACAAGUCCUGGUUCCUUUAUCCCAUUAACUGUGUUAUUUGGGCAUGUAUUCAUUUUAUAUGCCAUGCCCCAACAUCCAGGCAAGGUAUCUUAAAUAAAGUAUUGGUACCAACCCAUAGCAAACUUAUAGUUAUCAGCUGAUACAUAAAUCUCAUUAGGGAUCAUUCUACUGUCACAUAGUUUUAUAUCUUAAGAAAUAAAAGCUAUUUUUAAAAAAAAUGGACCUAUUGUGAUAUGGGUUUUUCCUAACACAGCAGAGAUGUGUUAUGGAAAUUAACCACUUUGUUACUGGGAAAAAAAAAAAACUAAAGCCAUAGUGAAUGUGUAAGUGUGACUGGUACCUUAGUAAAUGGGGUUAUGCAUUGUAAACAGCAUGCCCAUUUUGGAACCAAGAUUUUCGCUGUGAUUUCCAACAUAUUGUUUCUGUAAGAUGAUGGGAAUUGUUUUCAUUGUUUAUGUAGAUUCAGUUCCUGCAUUGCAUGUGCCAGAGAAGCCUGUCAUCCCAGUGGUGGAGGAGAUUCAGGAGAAGAGGACUUUGGAUGAAGAAUUUGGUCCUAGGCUGCCUCCUACAUCGGCCUCAUGUAAGUUCACACUGCCCCCUUUCACCCAUGAUAUUUUAUAUUAUUAUUAUACAGUGGAUAAGGAAGUUAUAUCCUAUUUUAUUAUUGUUUCUGAAUAUAAUAAUCUUGCCUGUUACAUAUACACUAUCCGUUCGUCACAAAGUGCUGUAUACCCAGGUCUCAUGGAUUCGUUACACUCUGGUUGUAUUUUUAGCAGCACCUUUUAUAACCCCUGGACACUUUACAUAUUUAAAGUAUACUGGGAAUAGUUAAACUCUGGAAAACCGUAUGUCUACUGCUAUGUUAAUGUCCAAUCCUCGUUCAUUUUUAUGUAUUGUACAUUCAGAAUCCAAACUAAAUAUGAGUGCGGCAUAAUUGACAGUUUCACCCUAUUCACACCAUCAAAUUCCUCCAAGAUUUGAGGAACUCUAUUCUAUGGUGUUGAUUCCUACAUACAGUUCUAUAUCGGAGGCAGAACUCGAGAGAGUGUUUUUCAGACCAGUCUAGAGUAGCUUUAAUUACCUUUCAGAAAGAGCAGAAGUCUACUGACAGCAGUGGUGAUAUCUGGUACUACAUAGCAGCAAGAAACGAGCUCUGUCUAAAUUUACUUUUUUAUUGCAUACUUGGAUGCUUGUUGUGUUUUUAGUGGUGUCCUAGUUAUGCACCAUAAAACUUUGAUAAUAAAGUGAUCAUUUCUUAUCUGUGUGAUAUUUUUAUACACUCCCUAUACACUGUUGUGUCACGUCUUUAGACACUGGACUCGUUAAUAAGAAAAUGUCCGUGACUUAACAGGAAUUAUAUAUAGAGAACAAUUCUGGUGAAAAGUUCAAUCUGUAAGGAAAUGUGAAAGAAUAUUCUGUUAAAUUCCGUGAUGAUUACUAGGGAUCGACCGAUUUAUCGCUUUUGCCCAUAUUCAGGGUUUUUUAAAUUAUCGGUAUCUGCCUAUAAUCUUGUCGAUAAUGAGUCCAGCACACGCGCCAAUCUGUCCUCUCUCCGAGUCUUGCGAUUCACGAGCCCUGGCCAUCAAAGCGGUCCCGACGGUUACCAAAGCAACGCUCCAUGCAGCGAAACCAGGCGCGUGAAUCGUGAGACAUUCAGAGAGGAGCUGGAGACACGGGCCUGAAGUAGUGCUGUGUGGCUGCCUUUUUUUUCCUACUCAGUGUCUAGUCUGCUCUGCCGAUUGUGUGCUAAUUGGUUUGCCAAUUUUAUCCUUCUGGUCUGUAAAAGGUAAUUUUCUUUACUCCAAUAAACAUAGUUAGUCAGUUAGGGGGGCGUUUGGCACAUGGGUAGAUAAAGCUCUGGGUAUAUAUUGGCACUAUCUUAUAAAUGAUAAUAAAGCCCUUGGUAGUCAGUCAGGAGGGGAGGGUGGUGGAUGGCACAUGACCCUAUAUGAUGAUAAAGCUCUGGGUAUAUAUUGGCACUAUCUUAUAAACGAUAAUAAAGCCCUUAGUAGUAUAUUGGCACUAUAAAUUGAUAAAGCAGUGGGAGUGGGUAGUAUACUAGCAUUAUACAAAUGGCAAUAAAGCCCUGUGUAUUGUAGUGGGUAACAUAGUGGCACUAUACAAUUGAUAAUAACAAGCCCCCUCCUUACACCCCCCCUUCCCCCACCUUGGUACUGAAUAUGUGCUUCUGCUGCUGGAAGAAAUAUAAAUUAAAAUGAGCUGAGGAGUGAUCAGUCAUACAGAGAAGAGUGAAACAUGUUUUUUUUCUGUAUUAUGGCCAAUGGGUUAACUUGGCACUGGCAGCACAUAGUCCAAAUUAAAGGGAAACUAUAGUGCCAGCCCAGGAAAGCACUAUAGCUUCUCCCUCUGUCAAGAUCCAUAAUCCCCUUCCCCUCUCCCGUGGUGCAGGAGGGGUUAAUAAUCCCUUCUGUCACUUAUGUGACCUAAUGUGCAUGUGCGGAAAUAGCUGUGCUUGCAUUAGAAUUUCCCCAUCGGAAACACAUUAUUCAAUCCUUUUCUAUUGGAAUAUCGGUAUCUGAAAGUUCACAGAUUAUCUGUAUCUGCUUUUAAAAAAAAAUCAAAAAAAAAAAUCAAUAUUCGUCGAUCCCUAGCGAUUACCCAGUUUUCGAAUUGUGUUCAGAAUUAUAGAAAUCGAGGUCUUGGCAACUGCUUUGACCCAAGGAGGCCAAUGACCCUAUCUAAGCCUGUGCUUAGUUGGCAGCUUUGAACUCUUUCCUUGCAAUUUAUACUGUACAUACAGUACUGGUAUGAUAUGUCCGAUCCAGCCAGAAGGUAAAUGAAUGUUUGAGGUGCUCUUUAUGUACUGGUCACUGGAAGAAGUCUAAGAUUAGAUGAGUCUUUAAUCUUAAUCCUCCGAUAUAUGUUUACAGCAUUCAACAAAAUAAAUGAUCUGUUUUUAUCGUACUAUAUUAGAUACAUUAGGAACUGUAUGUGUGUUGUAUUUCAGGCAAUUCUGGGAAGUCUGAUGCAGCCCCGUCAACGAGCAUGGAUCAACCAAUUAAAAAACAGAAAGUGAAAAAGAACAAAGAAAAACACAAGGUGAAAAAAGACCAUAAACACAAGAAAGAAAAGGUGACUUUUAUUUUCUUUAGAAUUUAGAUGUAAAUAAAAAUUCUGAUUUAUUUAGCUUAAGAAAUGUAACUGAAAUGGUUAAAAUCUAUUUUCAUUAUUUUUUUUCUAAACCAUGGCUCCCUCCGUGCUGCUUAGCUCUCCUCACCAAGUGACAUCACGGAGGAGGCAAUGCCUCCUCCACCAAUGGUCCUGUCCAGGCGGUGCAUGCGCGACAAGCACAUUCAGACUUUUUCAAUAGGAAAGCAUUGAAUCAAUGCUUUUAUGUGGAGUAUCAGAGUUACGUUAGAGGUUUUUACUAGGUCAUUCUGACAGCAACUACGAGUGGAUAUAACCCAAUAUAAACAUUACACUUUUUUAAAGAAACUGCAAUUUUUUUUUUUUUAUUCUUUAUUUUUGUCGUGCAUGUAUCAACAACAAUUACACAGAGCCACAUCAGCGUCUGUGUGCAUCUUACAGCAUUUGACAAUGUCACAGGUUAAUACAGCACAUUUUUAAGGUUAAAGAAUAAAAAAUAAGACAGAAAAAACAAUUCUGUUAGUAAACAGUGGGGUGGACGAUACGCAAAACUCUAUACACAUUCAAUUUCGAAUUUCGUUUUGAUAAGUAAUGGCAGUCUUGCUACUUACAUUGCUUAUUAAUCUAAAAAGAGGCACAUUAACUGUGAGAGAUGCCCAGAAAAUAUCAGGGAAUUAAUGAAAAUAACGAAUCAGUACAGUCAUAGUGCCUGGCCUUAUCGUGGAAACUGCAAUGUUUUAGAGUCCUUUUAAGCUCCAUAUUUUGGGAGGAAUUGAAUGUCUAACUAUUUAAUUUGCACAUAUUUAAUGUAUUUUAUUUUGUUUUACAGAAAAGAAAGCACAAGAAGCAAAAACAUAAAAAGCGCCGUAAUAAAGAGGCAAGCAGUUCUGACACAGGAGACAGCAGCACAAGUCACAGUGAUUCAGAGCAGGCAGUGGAACUAACCCCAAAGGAACUAUUAAAAAGGUAGGUGAUCUCUGUCCACAGCACCUCCCGGGGGAUAAUAAAGGAAGGGACCAUAGAUCUUCUUUUACCUUCUCAUGGUAUUGGAUUGAUAAUAUAACUAUGACAGGUUUUAAAUGAGUCACCCAUCUUGUGUUUUACUGGCACACGGCAAUCAUUAGAGAAUUGUUGGCUCACCCGGUGCCACAGAUUGCUCUCAUCUGAGAUUAAUGGAACAGAUUAAAGCACAUUUCAUCAUCCUCCGCUAACAAAUGACAUUUAAAAUUUUUUAAUUAAAAUAAAGUUUGGUUUAAAUUAUCUUCUAAUAAACAUAAACUGCAAUGUAGACCGUAUAAGUAGAGAUAUUCUUUCUUUUUCUCUCUCCCCCUCCCUCCCUCUCCCCCUCUCUCCAUCUCUCCCUCUCUCCCCUCUCUCAUCCCCUCCCCAUAUAGCUGUGGUAGCUAUUUGGUUACCCUGCAUUUUGUUUCAGUAUUUGGAAUGCUGUGCCAGUUUAUAGUUUUAUCAGUUGGAGAAGCCUCACAGAAGCUGGUCGCACCUAUGGUGACGUCCUCUGACAUAUACUGCAUGGUCAUUGUGCAAACCAGAAUUACAGAUUGCUAAUAUUUAUUUUGUUUAACAGGUUGAAAAAUCUUCCAAUACUGCGGUAGCUGGCAAAUGGCAUUCACCACAACUACUUUUUGUAAAGAACGAUUUAGCGCAUCUCCUUUGACCCGUUUUUUUUUUGUGUGUUUUGUUUUUUAAUAGCUCUACCCCUGAUGCUACAGAACACAAAGCUAAUUUGUAAAUAUAUGUAUAAAACAAACCAAGUUCUGCUUUGAAUUUGUAAAUUUUCUAUUUAUCUGAAUCUCUGAUUGGAAUUUUUAAUAUUGCAAUGAUUAAUUAAAAAAAAAAA